AUGGAAAUCGCGCGUUAUGAUUGCUCCUACCAGGACCCUGCCGAACCAAAAAUCAUCAUCGUUGUUCCUUAUAGACAUCGUGAAUUGGACCUCCUGUCGUUUAUUCUCCACAUGGUUCCCUAUUUUCGCCACCUUGUUAGGCAAAUGGAAAUACUCGUAGCUGAACAAAAUGGAACAGGGCCAUUCAAUCGAGCCAAGCUCUUCAAUGCGGCGAUUCGAGAGGUAAAGAAGGCUCCCAAAGGCGAUCGACUCUCCGGAAGCAAGUGUUUCGCAUUUCAUGAUGUCGAUAAAUUGCCAAUUAAUCUUGAUGUCCCCUACUCCUGUGCCAUGGGACCCCAACAACUUGUAUGGAGUUUCCAGAGCGAUAACAAAACCGUAGAAACGUACUCCUCUUUUCUUGGAGGUGUAACAAUGUUUUCAAUGGAUCAGUUGGAGAGAAUUAACGGAGCCUCGAAUUCGUUCGUGGGAUGGGGUGGUGAGGAUGACGAUCUCUGGCGACGCGUCAAAAUGGCCGGACUGGAGGUGGUAGAAGCCGAUAAGAAUAAAGGCCAAUUCUACGAAGGUAACUAUCAGCAUUCUCAAGCAGCAAAUCCGAAUCGUCAUGCACUUUUGAACCGUGGAAACCAAGAAUCGAUUAUGCGGAAUGAUGGGCUACGACAGGUCAAUUACACUCUUAUAUCCCGAGUGAAUUAUAACACGUUUGUGUGGCUACUUCUCGAUGUAUAG